AUGUCACAGAUGGACACGCCCGGCAUGGCCCAGGUCCAGGAUCCUCCCUUGCAGCGCCGGCCAAAGGGCGAGCAGCCUGAUGAGAAGAGCCGCGGCAGGCGCCGCAGCCGCGCCAACAUCAAGAAGGAUGAGGAUGGAGACGGGUCGCCCGUCGAUGGCGCCGAAGGGCACUCGUCGGGGACGGAUGGCCCCUCCAGGAAGCGCCGGAGGAGCCGCAAAGGCUUGGAUAAGAAGUUCGAAUGUCCCCACGAAGGCUGUGGGAAGAGUUACUCCAGAGCCGAGCAUCUCUACCGGCACCAGCUCAAUCACACGCCGAAGCAAAUAUUUAGUUGUGAUUUCCCCGAAUGCACCAGGACGUUUGUCCGGCAGGACUUGUGUAACCGGCAUCGGGAUCGGCACACGGCGAAGGGGUCCCAAUUGCAUCGGAAGGAUUCCAUGUUGAGCCACAAUCAGCCCUCGCCCAUGGCGGAUUCCGGAAAGCCAUUGCCAAUGCAUGGCUCUGCUUCCCCAGAGGUGAUGAGACCCAAUCUGGCCGGUAUCAAGUCCCGUCCAAAUCAGCUUCAGUAUCAAUCUCCACAAGAGAUGAACGCAAAUGCUUAUAAUGGUAAUGUAUCGGCAAACGGAGCAGACCACUUCCAACAGGCUGGUGUCUUCAAACGCUCCAAUAGUGAUGGGAUGCCCAGGGAGCAGCCAUCCAGCACUGGUAUCCCGAAUAGUCGGCAGCAGCGUCAUUCGAGCUUUGGGGUUUCCGAUUCCAAACCCGUGGACUUUUCGCGGGCCCCGUUACAGACGACCGUGGGGCCUUAUGGUCUGCUGUCCUCUGCUUCGGGGAACCAGAAUUAUCAUUCUACUACAGCCAGCCCGCAAGGAUAUGUGAGCCAGCAAAAUUUCCCUCCCUUCAGCCUGCCCCCUCCUGGGUUUGCUACUGCCACAACCACCGCGCCGGCUACACGAGAGACUGAGCCGACCUACACGGCCUCGAUGUCUGCAGAGUAUCCAAGCGAUCCCAUCCACCACCAGCAAUCAGGACCUGAUAUGAUGUUGCUGGAUCAGAUGACCGCGCCUAACACAGUGCCAGUAUUUGGCGGGGAAGGAUACAACCGAUCACCUUUUGCGAUUCCCGAGGACUUUGUGGCAUAUUUAUUCAGUAACCAGCAGUUGGAACAUUCCUCGCCGAUGGGUCAUAUGGGGCCCCAAGGCUAUGCAGCUUACCCUGAUGCUCAGAACCAGUAUUUCGCCCCUUAUUUCACCAACGAUGCCAAUCUUCCAGGGUUCUUCCCCCCAGGUCAGCAGCCUCACCAUCCCAUGGCUGUGACUAGCCUCCUCGAUACUAGUCUUCCAGAAACUGUGCUCUCUGAAGAGAAGAGUCAGCAGAUCGUCGACCUCAUCAAGGACCGAUUUAAUGAAGGGGAGCAUACACCAGUUGCCAAGCAGAAGGAAGCGCUCCUGGAUGGCGACCGCAAUGAUGACAGUCACAUGCUGAGCCGCAAGAUGAUGCAAACAUAUAUUGGAUCAUAUUGGUAUAAUUUCAGUGAACAGGUUCCAAUCCUACACAAGCCAACGUUCUCGCCAGACAAGACGCCAAAUCUUCUUCUGAUAGCUAUGAUGGCAAUUGGUGCUUCGGCUUUGGAUAAAAUGCAUGGCUACGAAGUGACCGAAGCCAGCGCACAUCUCUCAAACUUCCUGGCUUGGCAUCUAAGGUGGGAGAUAUUCAGCGAUUCCCACUUCCGACCUCCCGCAAAGUUGUGGGUCUUCCAAGCUCUGCUAUUGCUGGAAAUCUAUGAAAAGAUGUAUUCAACAAGAGCUUUGCACGAGAGAGCUCACAUUCACCAUGCUACUACCAUCACCCUGAUGAGACGCGGCAGCUCCCUCAUUGGAAGGUCGGCUCUCGACUCGCCUCCUAGUGUGCGGGACGACAAGCUCAAUGAAUCCCGACACUCGUCCACGUCUGGUGCUAACACUCCGGACGAAUGGUGGAAUCACUGGAUAACCAACGAGGCCACUCGGCGUGCUGCGUUUGCGGCAUUUGUUAUCGACUCGACUCAUGCGACGAUGUUUGGCCAUUCAACUGUCAUGGUGGCUCAUGAGAUGCGGCUCCCGCUUCCAUGUGAUGAAGCCCUUUGGAACGCCACGAACAGCGCCGAAGUAGGCAGAAUCGAAGCCCAACUACAUGCCAGUGGCGUGAAACCUAUUUCUUUCCUGGAAGGGCUCAAACGGACACUGAACGCACAGGAAGUGCGGACAAACUCCUUCGGGCGAACUAUUCUUAUGGCUGGCCUUUUGAGCGUUAGUUGGCAUAUGAAUCAGCGAGACCUCCAAGUCAACUCCCUUGGGGUCACACAAGCGCUAGGCGGACGAGACAAAUGGCGGGGAGCCCUUACUCGAGCCUUCGACCUAUGGAAGCAAGAUUUCGACAGAUCUUUGGCGCGUAGCUCGGAUAGUGUUCCUGGCCCUUACAUGUAUACUGAAAAGAAGGAGGAAAAUGUUGUCUUCCAGAACAGGAUGGUCCUACAUCACUUGGCCCACAUGGCCAUGCACGUGGAUAUCGUGGAUUGCCAGAUAUUUGCGCGGGCGAAACGCCUCUUAGGACGUACCAUCGGCUCGCAGGAUCUAAACAGUGCUCAACGCCGGAUGAAGGAUAGCUGGGCGCCAACGGCGAAGGCGCGGGAUGCCACGUGGUACGCUCUCCGGUUUCUCUGCACCGUUCUGCUCCCGGGAGAAUCUGGCUCCGGCAUUCAUGGCGGUUACGAUGAUCCGCCUUUCGACUACUCGGCCCGAGAUGACACCCUCCUUAACCGACCGUGGGUGAUGUAUUUCGCAGCGCUGAUCGUGUGGUCUUAUGGAUUCGCCUUGGAGGGGCCUACAACUGCGCCUGUUCCUGCGGCCCAUGAUUUCCCUGCCCAGGUCCGCGAUAUGCGUAGUUAUCUACGACAACUGGGCCGGAUCCGAUCACCGGAGGAGCUCAAGUCUAUGCGGGGAUUCAAUGGCUGUAGCGGCAUGCUCAUGGUUCUUCGAACUACCUUCGACAAGACCAGAUGGGAACUACUACACGAAGCAUCGCUAUUGUUGAAUAAUUGCAUUGGGCUGAUUGGCGGCAGCCAAUCCUAA